GAAUGUCCUUUUCUAAAGCUCGGAUGCGGUUCUCAGUAGAGUCAGUAGGUAAAGUAUGAAUGUGCGAGGGUGUGGAGGUAGUGAUCUUGUAAAAUUUGUCAGAUUAUACUACACAUUUCAAUUCAACGCUGCCAUUUUCGUUUUGUGGCACGGUUAAAGCGGCGGUCUAAAUGUGUAUUUGCUGAAAUAUCUGGCAUUUAUUUAUUUACCAAGUGUAAAAAAUAAUUGUAGUGCGUUUGUUUUCUUGUUGAACAGCAGAAAGUGGCGAUUACAGUGCUUUUACUACCGGAUAAUUGUUGACUUCAUUGGGUGGAGAGGUGAUGUACACAAGGUAGCGGUGCCGCUGCGCAGCCAUGCCGCUGCCGAAGCGCUGCGUGGAGCCGGUGCACGUGUCGCGCGGCACCGUGCCCGAGCGGCUCGCCGUGCCCUCGGAACUAGAGGCCGUCACCAAUGGAACCCUCGCCAACACGGUCAGGCAGUUGUCAUCUCUGUCUAAACAUGCGGAGGACAUGUUCGGCGAGCUGACGCGCGAGGCGACGAACUUGGCGGAACGGACUAAUGUGCUGCAGGCCAGGAUAGACAGGCUCGCCAUCAAGGUCACACAGCUUGACUCCGGCGUUGAAGAAGUAUCACUUCAAGACAUCCAGAUGCGGAAAGCGUUCCGUUCGUCGCGGACGUUCCAACAACAGCUGUUCUCGCGCAACUCGAUGCCGUCGGCCAUGUUGUCGACGUACGCGCGAUGCGACCGACCGCCGCCAUUGGAGAUGCUCAACGAGUUCAGAGACGACGGCAGGGACGCUAGGAAGUUCUACACCGAUCCCGAUUACUUCUUCGAAUUAUGGAGACGAGAGAUGCUGCAAGAUACCGAACGCAUUCAGCAUGACCGAGGGAAGAAGGUCCGUCAGCCACGCAGCGGCAGCGGUGCGGAAGGGCGCGGUGCGAGACGAGUGCGUCCGCCGCACUCGACCCGCGACCGCUUGAAGGAGGCCGCGGUCACGCGCGGGGAACACAUCAUGGCGCCCAGUCAGCUGCGCCAUUACAACAUCGAGCCGCAGUACAAGCCCGAUCCCGUAUAUCAGACAACAAAUGUGACGGAUGGCAUAUACAGAGCAUCACAGAAUAGACCACCAUCCAUACAGCCGGCCAGACCCAAUUCCAUUGAAAUCGAGAACCAGACUAGACAGCCAAGGAUAACUGGCAAUGGACAUGCGGUGGUAGCGGAAGAGAGUCCUUACGGCUCGGUGGGCGGGGAGCCUAUCUACGGCGGCAGCGGCGCGGGCACCCCGCGGCGGGCGCGGCCCUCGGUGCCGCACGCGCCGCACGCGCAACACGCACCGCACGUGCCGCACGCGCAGUCCCCGCCGCCGGUACACACGCCUACCAGAUCGACCCUACCGCCGCCGCCACCGCCGCCGGAGGGUACAGCAUCACCGCCCAUGAUGAACGGCGCUUCUCCGCCACAUCGCACCGCGCUCGACGCGCAUCUCGAUCACAUGCACGCCGUCAUAGGCAUGAUGUCGUCGGAGCAGGAGCCCGCACCGUGCGCGCCCCCCGCUCCCCCCGCGCCGCCCUCCCCGCCGCCGCCGCCGCCCGCGGAGGAGCGCCCCCGGCCGCCGUCGCCCGGCCUGCUGCGCGGCGCCUCCGCGCUCAAGCCGCCGCGCCCCACGCCGGACCCCCAGCCCGACCCGCGCUCCGAUCUGCUCAAGGCCAUCCGCGACGGCAUAAAACUCCGCAAAGUGGAGAAGCGAUGCGACGAGAACACGGGGCGGUACGACACUCUGCGAGGCGCGCCGGUGUUCCUCGAUGUGGCGUCCAUACUGGCGCGGCGCGUCGCCGUUGAGCUGAGCGAUACCAGCUCCGGCGCGGACUCGGACUCCGACGACUCCGACCAGUGGACCGAGUCCCGCGCGUGACGUCGCGCCUCGCCCCGGGCCGAGCCCGCGCCGCCGCGCCGGCCG